AGGCGCAUUGUUGAUGCAAACCAUGAUGAAAGACAGCUGGAGCGAGGGGGAACUGCCAAAGUUGCGGUCCAUUUGCUUGCUCAGCGUCUCCAGCUCCACCCUCCUCGCGGAUCGCGCAGCCACCACCUUGAUGAACGCGGCAGCAGAGAGCGUGGGCGCCGCCGAUGCGGCCAGGGCCUUCUGGUACCGACACGUUUGCGCUUUGAAGCCUCAGCCACGAUGCCUGGCCGAUGCGUACCAGCAAUCUGCGGGGCGUCGGUGGGGCGCCCUUCGAGGCUUUGAGUGGAAGCUAGGCUCCGGCGGUGCUACUGGAGGCUGGCAGUUGCGUGGCGCAGGGGCCUUGGACGGCUGGAGCCUCACCACUGCGGAGCUGCGGCGGUGGGCAACCAGCGGGUGCCAGGCGCCUGUGCUGAGCCUGCGGGGGCAGCAUGAUUUUGUGACGGAGGAGUGUGUUGCAGCAUGGCGGGCUCUGGCCCAACCAGAUGGCACUGGCUUCACGGAAGAUGUGUUGGGCGGCUGCGGUCACAACGCGCAUCUGGAGGCACCCGAUUCUGUUGCCGCCACGCUGCGCCUGUGGCUGUUGGACGCGGAGGACACGAGACGAAGACAAGCACCGCGCAAGGUGGCGCCGCGGGAAAGGAGGCGCGUGAAGUGCCGGGUGCUACGCCGUGAUGAAGCCCGUUCCCAGUUGCAGACUUGGGCCUCGCAGUUGUCCUGGGCCUCGCAGUUGCAGCCGGCGGUGAAACCGGGCGCCUGGCGUUCAGUGGGACAAGGCCUUCCUCACCGCGACGCCUUCGCGCCCUCACGCACCGCUCGGCGCCUGGCGGACUGGGCUGCCCAGCUGCCAAGGUGUGGUGCUGAUGUUGCCAGCAAAGUGAUGAGCCUUGACGAUCUCUUGGCGGGCUCCAGCGAUUCAUCAGGACGUGUUGCUUUCGCUGUCAUGGAUCAUGACGAGACGGAGUCAACUUGUGGAAUUGUUUGCAUUGAGCAGAAACCUCUACAGCUGGUGGGCGUAGCUUGCAAUCCCGAUGGUGGCCGCAAAAGCCUCUGUGAUGAUGCGAUCGAUGAAAUUGAAGCGGCCAUCAAAUCUUCCAAAUGAAUGCAAAAAAACGGGUGUUGGACAGCGUUGGUG